AAUUGUGAAACCUUUGGACAUGGACGCGUACCGGCGUGGGGCUUCAUCGGAUCGUCGGUCUCACCGGAUCGGCGCUCUUAUGUCGCGUUAGAUGAUGAACAGGAUGCUUCGUAGAGAGAAGGGGAAGGCGACUAUGGCGAGGAAAGGAGUCCAAUAUGCAGUGCUGGACGCCUUCACGAACUCCCCCUUCUGUGGGAAUCCGGCUGCCGUCUGCCUGCUGGGAGGGGAGGGAGCAGAAAAAGAUGAACGUUGGAUGAAAUCUGUGGCUAAGGAGUUCAAUCUGUCUCAGACGGCCUUCCUGAUCCCGGAAUCCGAUGUUUCCGGCGGCCGAAGAUUCCAUUUGAGGUGGUUUACUCCGAUGGCUGAGGUAGAUCUGUGUGGCCAUGCAACAUUAGCAUCCGCUCACUUUCUUUUCUCUUCUGGGUUGGUCGGUGGAAACAAGGUGGAAUUCUUGACAAGGUCUGGGGUUUUAACUGCUGAUAAGGUUGAAGGAUUCAAGAGCAUUGAUGGCCAAGCAGAAGGCAGCUUUGCCGUAGAGUUGGACUUCCCUGUCAUUCCUGUUGUUGAGUGCAGCGCUUUUGACAUCCCAUCAAUUCCUACAACUUUGAAUGGUGCCACCAUUAGCAGUAUAAAGAAGGCAUCCACUGAUGAUCUAAUCAUUGAGGUCAUGUCAGGAAAUGUGGUUAAAGAUAUACAGCCACAGUUUGAUGAACUAGAGAAGUGCCCUGGCAGAGGAAUCAUUAUAACGGGAGCCGCUCCUCAAGGAUCGGGCUUUGAUUUCUUCUCUCGUUUCUUCUGCCCGAAGUUGGGUAUAACCGAGGACCCUGUCUGUGGGAGUGCACAUUGUGCCUUGGCACCUUACUGGAGCAAGAAGUUGGGAAAACAUGACCUUGUCGCUCACAUGGCAUCUCCAAGAGGUGGGAAGUUGGUCCUUCAGUUCAAGGAUGAUCGAGGUCGCGUAUUGAUUAGAGGUGAAGCCGUAACUGUUAUGGAAGGAUCAAUUCUAGUUUGAUCGCUCAUCAAGAUGCAGAGGAAUUCUAGUUUGAUCAUACACCAAGCUGGAGAGUACCUUCUGUGUUCAAGGAAUCCUGUCUCGUAAAACGGUGUAGUAUAGCUAAAAGUUUCUAUCUGAAUCAAUAUUAAGAACUAGUUCCGUGAUU